CGGAUUGGGCGGCUUGGGAAAGGGCGCAGGGAGCUGAGACAGACCGAGUGACAGCGUCUGAGUCCCGGGGAGGAACAUCAGGGAAUCUCCGUGGAAAAGCCCCGCAACGCGGUCAAGAUGCCUAACAAAACCAAGAAGGAAAAGGAAACGACCAAAUCUGCCAAAAGCAGCACGAAGAACAGCAACAGCGGCGGUGGCGGGAAGGAUGUGACCCCGGAGAACUCGGAUGAGUCCCAGCAGCAGAGCGGCAGUAAGCGUCCCAGUAACAGCACGCCCCCUCCCACCCAACUCAACAAGAUCAAAUACUCCGGAGGUCCUCAGCUGGUGAAGAAAGAGCGCCGCCAGAGCUCGUCCCGCUUCAGCCUGACCAAAAAUAGAGAGUUACAGAAGCUGCCCGCCCUCAAAGACGCACCACCGAUAGAGCGAGAGGAUCUAUUCGUGCAGAAGCUGCGUCAGUGCUGCGUGCUCUUCGACUUCAUCAGCGACCCCCUCAGCGACCUCAAGUACAAGGAGGUGAAAAGGGCGGGGCUUAAUGAGAUGGUGGAGUACAUCACGCACAACAGUGAAGUGGUGACUGAGUGCAUCUACCCCGAGGCCGUCAUCAUGUUUUCAGUCAACGUGUUCCGGACUCUUCCUCCGUCCUCCAACCCGACCGGAGCCGAGUUUGACCCUGAGGAGGACGAGCCCACGUUGGAGGCGGCGUGGCCUCACCUGCAGGUACUUCCUGUCUGUUAAAGGAUGCAGUGUUUGUGGCAUUUGUGAGCUAAUGCUAAAAACUAGAACCAUCAGCAGACACUUAGAAACCUCAGAAAACGAGAGCCAGGCAUCACAUGGAACCACAGAAGAAGAGAAGGAGAGGGAACCAUAGACACAUGAGCUUGGUAAACAUCACUUCCUCUCUGGACGCUGCUAUGAUUUCUUAAGCUAAUCCACGCAGGAAGCAGUGAGCAGACCAUAAACACAGUCAGUGACACUGCACAGUGUUCCAGCUCAGACCCAGACACACACUCAACAACACAGCUGUGCAGAGAGGACCUCUACACUGGAGACACCAGACAGUUCAUAAACACGGUCACUCUGAGGACACCAAUGUCCACAUGGAGGACAGAGACGACAGAUGGUUUGAAAGAGGAGUGAAAGAAGCAUCUAUGUUCACUGUGAAUGUCCAUCUUUGAAAAGAGGGCGGGGCUUACGACACCAACUUUCUGCCAUCUAUAAUCCAGUUUUGAGAUCCUUCCCAGAUAACUUAAUGCCCACUCACAUCCUGGGCCAU